AUCUCAAAACCACGCUCAGGAAAAUCAAAAUGCCUGCAAAUCCCCAAGGCUCGUCUCUCUUACUCCACAGAAUUAGCACCAACUCCACGGCGGCAGCGGCGGCGGUGGCCACGGAUAAUUCCCUUAUGGGUUGCCAGAAGCGGUCUCCGUUGACCUGCUCCACUACGCCGGUGCCUGACAGCGUGGCAAGGUACCAUACACACCCUGUGGGGCCCAACCAAUGCUGCUCCGCCGUGGUGCAGCAGAUCGCCGCUCCCGUGUCCACAGUCUGGUCCGUGGUGCGCCGCUUCGACAACCCCCAGGCUUACAAGCACUUCGUGAAGAGCUGCCACGUGAUUGUCGGGGACGGCGACGUGGGCACCCUCCGUGAGGUGCACGUUAUCUCGGGUCUCCCCGCGGCUAGGAGCACAGAGCGCCUAGAGAUCCUGGACGACGAGCGCCACGUUCUCAGCUUCAGCAUCGUAGGCGGAGAACAUCGGCUCGCAAACUACAGGUCCGUCACGACCCUCCACUCCACACCCGCGGGAAACGGAACAGUCGUGGUGGAGUCCUACGUUGUGGACGUGCCACCAGGCAACACGAAGGAAGAAACGUCCCUGUUCGCUGACACGAUUGUCCGGUGCAACCUCCAGUCUCUAGCUCAGAUCGCCGAGAAUCUCGCCAGACGGAGCAACAAACCAUCGUUGAGUUAAAUUCUUCGUGUCUUAAUUAGUCUUUGAUGAAACACCGUAAUUUUUUGUGAGUAUCCGAUGUGGGUAGCGGAUGGAACAUCUUGAUCCUCGUCUUCAUCUUCAUCUUCCUCACUGCUUAUGCCCUAGAUUUUUUUUUUUUUAUUUUUGGAAAUUUGAUGUCUUGUAAAAUAUUAUAUCAGUCUUUUCUAGCAAUAUGUUUAGCCAUAUAUCACUCCAUUAUCGUAGAAAAGAAAAUAUAUUUAGCCUCGAUAG